UUCAUCACCACUACAGGUGUUCAUCACCACUACAGGUGUUCAUCACCACUACAGGUGUUCAUCACCACUACAGGUGUUCAUCACCACUACAGGUGUUCAUCACCACUACAGUCUCGGGUUCCCCUCCUCUCUCUGCAGUCUCGGGUUCCCCUCCUCCGUCAGAUGGCGUUCUGCCUGGCCGAGCUUCACUGUUGGUCCUCCAGCAGCUCACUACAAGUCAGAGAUACAGAUAUUGGCACCUAUCAGUACUAUGACAAAGGAGAGCCAGCCGUCCCAUCAGAGCACCACUACUACACUGACAAACAGGAUUUCUCUGAAUCUCGCGGCUACUCGUGGACCCCCAGGAACCGUCGUCCGGAUAAGCUCCGUGAUUCGCUCGAGAAGCUUGAGGAGCUGUUACAGACCAACUCAGUUGUUCACUCCAGAUGGAAGAGCAAGCAUUGCUGCCAGCUCAUGCUGAGCAGUGGGGUACUGGUGACCCUGGCCCUAAAUGGACCCCAGCUGGACCGUGUGUGUGUGGACCGGACACUUGUGGGUCGUCUGCCCGCCAACACUGUCAGUGAUGCGGUGCUCAGUGAUAGGCUGCUGCUGCUGUCGUUCCUGGAGAAGAGCCAGGUGUGUGUAGUCUAUCUGAACAGGAAGAACCAGGGAUCCCCUGACACCAGCCACCGACUGGAGAAACUCUCCCCAUCAGAACUCAAGGUGGUGUGUGUGGAGGUGUGUGGCCCCGCAGGGCGCAGGCAGGGCAGGCGUGUGGAUCUGAACUGUCUCCAGGACCUGGCAGUGUGUUGGUGCUCCCUGACUAACACUAAUGAUGAACUGUGGCCCUGGAACCCGGGCCACACACACACUGACCGGGACAACCUAGUGUUACUGAGCUGCUCCAGUACUGAGGGCCUCAAGGUGCUCAGCUCCAUGUGUACUGAGGGUGACCUGUUGGAUCUCUGCUUCAGUCUCCUGCAGCCGUACCAGCUUCUGUCCGUGGAGCUGCCUGAAGGACCCCAAGGAUCCCACACCACCGGGACGUCCUGGGCAGAUGCCUGUGUGUACGAGUGCGCCCGCGGCCGCCUCCAACGUCUCUCUGCGACCCGUAUCCCCGUCUCCUCGCGCCCCGUCUCCUGCUGCCGCCACCCCUCCUCAACCACCCUGCUACUGGGCCUCAGUGACUCCUCUCUGGUCCUCUACGAUGAGAGGACAGGGGUGUCGCUGCUCGCCCCCUGCCCCAUCCCGCCCAUCCUGGUGGCCUGGCACCCUGCAGGGGGGGUGGUGGUGGUGGGGGGAGGCCAGGGGGAACUGAUGGCUCUGGAUCUUGGCUUGGCUCCUCUAGGGUUGACCCUAGUGAGAGAGGACCCAUCCCCAGCCACCACCACUCUGAGGCUUGGCCAGCAUCUGCGCUGUCCUGGGGGGCUGGAGGGGCUGUGGUGGGCUGGGGGGACGGGGCUGGAGGGAGCUGAUACAUUGAUGCUGGCCUUCCAUGGAGGACCACUGGCCGCACUGAGAUUCAGACUGGGUGCUCUGUCAGGGGGUCAGCUGGGUCCAGGAGAGCUGCUGCAACAGAGGUUACGCUGUGGCCAGGUGGACCAGGCUCUAGGAAUUCUGGGAGCCAUGGAGUGGAGCACUAUGGGAACGGAGUGUUACCGGGCACUAACCUCUGUCACAGACUACCUGCUGAGGCUAGAGCUGGACCAGACCAGAGAGGUCCAGUUGGAGGCAGCUCUGGGUGUGUUCUACGCUCCGCCCCGCCCCCUCUCUGACUCGGUGGUUCUAGAAUACAGAGGGCCAAUCAGCAAGUACGCCCGACGCUUCUUCCACCACCUACUCAGACACCAGCGCUUUGAGAAGGCCUUCCUGCUGGCGGUUGACAUUGGAGCUAGAGACCUGUUUAUGGAUCUCCAUUAUGUGGCGUGUGAUAAGGGAGAGGUGGUUCUGGCAGAAGUGGCCCGGAGGAAGGCUAAUGAAAUCCAUGCUGAAGAAGGAGUCACGACCACGUUGGGAAACCACGCAGAGCAGGACCGACCAACAGGAGCUGGCCACUGGAGGAGAGAAACACCGGGACCCUGAGCACUGAUCAGGCAUGACCAUGGAGACAAACAGGUAAGUAUCCUCCCAGGCCCGGCCCCAUGCCGUCUCGCUCCUCAGACCGACCUAUCAACACGUGAAGAUGCUGACGUCUGGCGACGCUAGACAGCCAAUGAAAAACAAGGUUGGAUGAGAAAAGGAGGAGGAGAACUGUCCCAGCAUGCAGGUUGUGCUAUCGGUCCAUCUCGGGGAAGGCCCACUGGAUCUCUCUCUCAUACACAUAAUAUCUCCGGCUUGUCAGAUCUCCCACACACACUCUCCCACACACACUCUCCCACACUCACUCUCCCACACACACUCUCCCACACACACUCCCACACUCACUCUCCCACACACCCUCUCCCACACACACUCUCCCACACACACUCUCCCACACACUCUCCCACACUCACUCUCCCACACACCCUCUCCCACACACACUCUCCCACACUCACUCUCCCACACACACUCUCCCACACACACUCUCCCACACACACUCUCCCACACACACUCUCCCACACUCACUCUCCCACACUCACUCUCCCACACACACUCUCCCACACUCACUCUCCCACACUCACUCUCCCACACACACUCUCCCACACUCACUCUCCCACACACACUCUCCCACACACACUCUCCCACACUCACUCUCCCACACACACUCUCCCACACACACUCUCCCACACACACUCUCCCACACUCACUCUCCCACACACACUCUCCCACACACACUCUCCCACACACACUCUCCCACACACACUCUCCCACACACACUCUCCCACACACACUCUCCCACACUCACUCUCCCACACACACUCUCCCACACUCACUCUCCCACACACACUCUCCCACACACACUCUCCCACACUCACUCUCCCACACACACUCUCCCACACACACUCUCCCACACACACUCUCCCACACACACUCUCCCACACACACUCUCCCACACACACUCUCCCACACUCACUCUCCCACACACCCUCUCCCACACACACUCUCCCACACUCACUCUCCCACAC